GUCUUCUCAAAGAGACUCGUUGUACAUUGUUAAGUCUUGAUGUCGAUGAAAUAAUGGAUUUUCGAAAGGAUUUACGAGCCGUGAUCGUUAACAUGAAGAACGAUGUUCCUUUAAGACAAGUGACCAUGCCAGUGGCAGAGCAGUUUCCGAGAGAUUUCCGGCUGCUUCCGAUUUAAAAAAAACUGUAUUUUUCAUCACAAAGAUGGCGGACGCAAGCAGCGUGACAGAAACAGAAACAGAAACGGGUAAAAAUAAUGAAACGGAGAAAAACAUUGUUUGUUUGACAAAAGGGGCUGCAGAAACAAAGGAAGACGAUGCUGCAGUGAGUGCGAAUGCUCACUCUGUUCUCUCGAAAACUUCUAGUUCAAGCAUUUCCGAGGAGUUCAACGCCGUGCUUGAUGAUGCAAUCUCAAAACUGUGGGACGAACGCUCGCGUAGUAAAUCCAAAAGCAAGAGGAAACGACUGUCAAAAGACGAAGAGAAAAUGUUAAUCUCAAAUCUUGUGAAAGUGCUUUCAGCUAAUGAAAAUCAAAAGGAAUCUUUACAAAUCAUGGGAAAACGGCUUUUGCAAAUGUUGGUAGAGAACAAGACGGGCGAAUAUAAAUUAGAUGAGCUUUCAAAGCGGUGUAUUUCGCUAACGAAAGACAAAGAGGAUCUGAAUGGACAGUACCAAAAAUCAAAGCUUGCUGUGGCAAAACUGGAAAGCUUAUGUCGUGAAUUACAGAAACACAAUAGAUUAAUGAAGGAGGAAUGCGAUCAUAGAACAAAAGUGGAAGAGGCAAAACGUCAAGAGCUUUCCGCGAAGUUUCAAUCGUCGAUCGGUGAGAUUACCAACCAAAUGCAGGAUAAUCAUUCAAAGAAUCAGCAGUUGAAAACAGAUAAUGCCGAAUUGGCUUCGAAACUCAAGGGUUUGGUGGACCAGUAUGAAAUGCGAGAACAGUACGUGGAGAAAGUUAUAAAGCACAAGCAGGUUGAGAACCAACUUCUCGAGGCGAAACUUGCGCAGCAAUCGUUAAUCGUGAACGAAGAACGAGAACAAGCUCUGAAGGAGAAGCAAAAGUUGCUGCAAGAAUCGCUGGCCUAUCAGAAAAAGUGCGAACAGCUCGUCAAGGAUGAGGCCGAAUUAAAAAUGCAGCUUUCGAUGUACACGGAGAAAUUCGAAGAGUUUCAAAAAACCCUGACGAAAAGUAACGAGGUUUUCGGGACGUUCAAAAAGGAAAUGGACAAGAUGACAAAAACGAUCAAGAAAUUGGAAAAGGAAACGAUUAUGUGGAAGCAAAAGUGGGAGAAAAGCAACCGAUCGUUGCUAGAUUUAGCUGGUGACAAUAAGAAGAAAACAGACGAACUCCAAAAAUUGAAACAGAAAAACCUGCAGUUGGAAAGUUUAUGUCGCGCCUUGCAGACUGAAAGGAAGCAAUUGCUAAAUCACGCAUUGCCAAGUACAGCGGAACGUGCAACUCCUAUUCAUAAUGAACUCGAACCCGAAGAAAGCAAUGAUAACCCCGAGUCGGAUCAACUAAUUCAAAACCAGGAAAACGAUGUUUCUGAUGUAGAGAGCGACCGUUUAGCUGGAGAAAAUAGACUUUGUAACGAUAAUGUUUGCGUAGAAGGAAACGGCAUUCCCUCGAAAAAUGGAAAUACCAACUUGCGUCCUGUAGAAAGUGCAAGUUGCGCGCAGCACAUCGUAGAACGAACUGAGAGCGAGCACACAGAGGCGGCCGAAAAUGAAGAUUCGUCUAUAAAGAUUUAUAAAGAGACCGAGCUGGAACAUGCAAAGAAAAGUGGAGAAGCUAAUGAACAUGUAGCAAGACCAGAGGACGAAACUUCUUUGAAUAGUGGAGAUCAUCGUGAGGAUAGUAUUGUACUCGAAAACGCACUGGUAACCGCCGGUAGUUAUGCGAAUGGAAUCGGCGAUAAGAAUGCGGAGGUGAAUGGAAAUGAGCAUUCUCCGGGUAGUGAAGAUGAAUAUGCGCUGCGAACUGGCGAUGAGUGUUCUGAGGAGACUAGAAAGAAACUCGCUCAUGCGACUGAGGACGAGCAUGACGAUGGGAUUGGACAAAAAUGUGCCCGGGAAAUUCACGACAAACAUGAUCAAGAAAAUGAAAGCGAGCAUGCGGAGGGAAAUUGCAAUGAGCUUGCAGAUGGGACUGGAAACGAGCAAGUGGGUCAGCCUAACUCAAGAGAUACAUCCACAGAAGAAAUUGUGGAGGAUAACCAGUCAGUAAUCGAACGUAAAACAGCAGAAAAUGUUAAAGAAAAGUGCAAGGAUGAAGAUACAGAAGACGAUAGGCAACCUGAGCAAACCAAUCAUGUGGACGAUACGCGAGAAAAAUCCCUUAGUUCCUGAAGUUUGUAAGUACGAGGAAUUGGUGUCAAUGACCUGUAAACCGUAUCCGGUUUAAGAACACUAAAGCCCAGACUGAAACAUUCACCUUUGCCAUGUCAUUUUCAAUGGAACAUCCAAUUUAAUUCUAUUUGUUUAUCGCCGCAUGAAAAAAGCGGAGAUUUCUUCGCUCAUAAUGAAUUUUGUGUUUGAAAUGGGAGAAAAAGCAUAUCGAUGGUUUCGCAUAAACAAGAAAGGAAAGUGUGGCGCAUGUCACGAGUCUGACUAUUUGUUUAAAGUAGAUGCAUUCUAAAUACCAUAUCGUGUUUUCCUGUCACAAACACCACUACAAUCUGUAGAAUUAUUGCAAAGUAUUUGAAGAACGUGUUUCAACUGGC